CGGGACUUGUGCGAUCACAUGACCUGCUGCUUGCUGCUACACCAGGAAGUGGCCUGCGGGUUCCAUGGCUGCAGAAGCAAAAGAAACCGAGGAACUGUCAAAACACUCCAACGAUUCAGAGGAUUCUGAUUCCAGCGAAGACAGCAGCAGUACAUCAGAAAUGGAUUUCUUGCGUAACCUUUUCUCCCGUACUCUCGGUAUUGGUACCCCUGAAAAAGUUUUGGAGGAGCUAAACUUGGAAGGAGUGAGCAGGUUCAUGCUUAGUGGAAAAUGUAAGAAUGUGGUAUGUAUGGUGGGAGCAGGCAUCUCAACAUCUGCAGGAAUACCUGACUUCCGUUCACCAGGCAGCGGACUUUACGCUAACCUCCAGAAAUACAAUUUGCCGUAUCCAGAGGCCAUCUUUGAAAUAGGAUUUUUUAAGCAAAAUCCAGAACCCUUUUUUGCUCUUGCCCGAGAACUCUACCCUGGCCAAUUUAAGCCGACAGUCUGCCAUUACUUUGUUCGGAUGUUAAAGGAAAAGGGUCUGUUACUGCGUUGCUACUCUCAGAACAUUGACACAUUGGAGAGGGUGGCUGGCCUGUCCUCUGAGGACCUGGUGGAGGCUCAUGGAACAUUUCACACUUCUCACUGUGUUGGAACUUUUUGUAAAGCGGAAUAUCCCCUGUCCUGGAUGAAAGAAAAGAUCUUUUCUGAUCUGAUUCCAAAAUGUGACAAAUGCAACAAUCUGGUCAAGCCGGAUAUUGUGUUCUUUGGGGAAAGUCUGCCAUCCCGGUUCUUCUCUGCUCUCAAAUCUGACUUUUCCAAAAUAGACCUCCUCAUCGUCAUGGGAACAUCCCUACAGGUGCAGCCGUUUGCAUCUCUGGUCAGCAAGGUUCCUAGUAAGACACCACGGCUAUUAAUAAACAAAGAGAAAACUGGAGAAGGAGACACGUUCUUCAGCAUGCUUGGUUUGGGAGGAGGAAUGGAUUUUGAUUCUGAGAAAGCAUACAGGGAUGUAGCCUGGCUUGGAAACUGUGAUGAUGGUUGCCUCGCAUUAGCUGAGUUGCUGGGAUGGAAGGCUGAGUUGGAAGAGCUGGUAAAGAAGGAACAUGCAGCAAUAGAUGCUGCGUCGCAGAAAAGCGAGAAGAAACCUAGCCAAAAUGAAGAAAAGUCUCCCCCUUCAGAAAAGACUGCUGAAAAAUCUAAUGAAUAAGAUUUGUCCAAGAUUCACCUUGGACAAGUGAUUUUUUUAACUAAAGAUUACAGGUAUCGGUAUAACAGAACAAAAACAUUGACUGUUAACCAUAAAAUGUAUAGGGCUUCAGAAAAUUUCUUGUUAUGAUAAUGGAGAGAAUCCAGAGAAUUUGUAGUUGUAAUCAUGGGACACAUGCGAACAGAUAACUGAAAACCCAUAUUGUGGGUUUUAUCAGUUUGUUUAUCUCUGUUAUAAA